AUGUCGUCUUUCUACCACCAACAAUUUGUCAACUCUCCCGUGUAUGCAUAUGACAGGUUUUCCGCACAUAACCCUUCUGCUGAAAGCCUCAUGUAUCGGUCUCUGUCACCGAACUCCCAGCUCGCAUAUCAAAGUGAACAGCGUUCGGUGGGUUGGCCUAACCAAGGUUAUGGCAACAAUGGCAAUAUCGGUUUUGUACAACACCGCCAAAUGGGCGGGUUUCCUUUGCAUCAACCAAGCGACCACGAUCAGCCUACUUUUGGAAUCGCCUCUCAAGAAGUAGACAAUAGUUCUAGCCAUCUUUCGACAGAUUCUUCGGGCCAUGUCGGUGCAUCCCGAAACUCCAAGUAUUCGGCUGCUGCAAGUGCUGCCGCUGCUGCUGCUGCCAAUUCACCUCUCUCUCAUGGCCACAUGCAGUCCAACAAUUCAAGAGACUUCACCAGUGCUCCCAGCCGAACUGUUUACCUAGGGAAUGUCCCUCCUAAUAUUGAAGUGAGACAGCUACUGGAUCAUGUUCGCAGUGGAGUGGUGGAAAACGUUAGAAUUCUGCGGGAGAAAAUGUGUGCCUUCAUUUCAUUCUUUGAUGAGGGCUCCGCACUCCUCUUCCACUCAGAUGCCAUCCUCAAGCGGUUAAAUAUAGACGGUCGUGACAUCAAAAUAGGAUGGGGUAAGCCAAUCCCCAUGGACCCAAUGGUUGCGGCGGCAGUGUCCAAUGAUGGUGCCACUAGAAAUGUUUAUCUUGGGCGCUUGAAUACCGCUGAAAAAGUGGUCUCUCAAAAUGAGACGUCCGAGGACGGCGCCUUGGUGACAGAAGAGAAACUGCGCGAAGAUUUGGGCAUUUUUGGCGAGAUCGAAUCAGUCAAGAUAAUCGCGGAGAAAGGCAUUGCCUUCGUGCAUUUCACGUCAAUUUACAGCGCUAUCAAAGUGGUUUCGAGCCUUACUUCCGUCAAUCCAUAUUAUGCCAACAAAAAGAUAUUUUACGGAAAAGAUAGAUGUGCAUUCAUCACCAAGACGCAACAGCAUAACGCAGCCCAGUUUCUCGGGUUACAGCCGGGCAUGGAACAUCUGGUUCAGUACACCGAUAGAGACUUUAUUUCCUCAACUUUACUGCAGCAGUCUGCCGCUGCUGCGGCUAUCGCGACCGCUGCUGGGGGCGCCAAUAAUCUGGGCAACCGUACCAUCUACCUGGGCAAUCUCCCCAAGGACGUAAAAAUCGAGGAAAUUUGCAACGCAGUGCGCGGUGGCCUCUUACAGAACAUCAAGCUGCUUUCGGACCGCCACGUUUGCUUCGUGACAUUCAUCGAUCCAACUGCAGCGGCGCAGCUUUAUGCCAUGACCUCUCUUCACGGCCUCACAAUACACAACAAGCGAUGCAAGAUCGGGUGGGGGAAGCACUCGGGUGCCCUCUCAAACGCCUUGGCUCUUGCCGUGAGCCAUGGAGCUUCACGGAACAUAUACAUGGGCAACAUCGAUUUCGACGAGGACCGCAACCGUGACUCCCCCAUUUUCACACAAGACGGUCUUCGUGCCAUUUUCGAGGAGUUUGGCGAAGUGGAGCAAAUCAACUUUCUCCCGGAACGCAACUGCUGUUUCGUCAACUUCACCAACAUCAGUAAUGCCAUCUUGGCAAUCGACAAGAUUAAGGCCUACCCGCAUUUUCAGAAUCUCAAGAUCAAUUUCGGCAAGGAUCGCUGUGGCAAUAUCCCCCGUCAAUAUCGCUAA